AUGAACGCCAAUAAGCCAAAGAAGAAUCUAGCUGUGACCAGUGAUGAUAAUGGUCAAGGAAGUUCAAAACGUACUAAAAUUAGUGACGAUGAUAAUGCAGAUGUAGAUAGAAAACGUACGAUGCAAAAAUUUGAAGGAGCUAUUGUUACUGAUCCAAACGUCACAUUUGAUGAUGUUGUGAAAAAUCCAGAACAUGAUGGCCCAAAUGAACUUUGGCUUAUGUGCUCACCUGGCGAUCCAGCUGCUCAAUCACUUACAUUAGAUAAAAUAACCCCUGAUGAAUUAUGUGAACCUCCAGUAAUCAUGUCGGAUAUGUUAACUGCACUUGCUACACAAAAAUCAACAGUAGAUAAAAAUGAGUUGGGAAUAUAUUAA